AUGAUGAAGGCGCUGCGUGCCCCUGUCCCCGCCAGCGCCGCACUCCAGGAUCAUCACUCCGUCAGUUUCAGCCGGGCGGGCGUCCCCGCCGUCGUGACCCCCGUGGGCUUCGACGACAGCUACGCAGCCUCGACUCCCGCCGCGUGGCUGCACGCGGGCGAGCUCCCGCAGGAGCCGAGGAGGGUGCGCCUGGUCGGCCUCGGGCUCCCCCUGCCGCGCGAGGAGGAGGUCCCGUGGCCAGCGCGCCUGGCGCAGGCGGCGGGCUCGGGCUCGGGGUGCGGCGACAGCGGCUCCGAGCGCUCGUUCCAGCCGAAGUCGCGCGCGCAGCGGCGCCGGGUGCAGCGCAAGGUGCACCGGGAGCGGGAGCGGCAGGCGGCAGCAGCCGCCGGCCCGCCGGCGCAGGCCUCCCCAGCGGCGUGCGGCCCUCCGGGGGUGUUCGCCCAGCCAGCGAGGGCCGCGCAGGACGUCUGA